CCAGUCCACCCAGACACUCAGAGAUCAAUCUCAGUCACGCCAAAAGAGCCUUUCCCUCCGAGAAGAAUGGCUGACUCUCUGUGUCGAUGGUGCCAUCCGCCUGCCAAGGCUUCUUCGCACACAGUCAAGGAGCGGGGCAAAUGGGGAAGCAAGAAGGAGUUCAUCCUGUCUGCAGCCGGUGCUAUUAUAGGACUUGGAAAUGUUUGGAGAUUCCCCUAUCUGUGCUACAAGAACGGCGGCGGCGCUUUCUUUAUUCCUUACAUCCUGUUCCUGGCGGUUUGUGGUAUUCCUCUGUUCAUACUGGAGACAGCGCUGGGCCAGUACACCAGUCAGGGAGGAAUCAUCUGCUGGAGGAAGAUCUGCCCCCUGUUUGAAGGGAUGGGAUACGCCAGCCAAAUCAUCAUUUUCUAUGGAUGCAUCAGCUACGUUGUGAUCUUAGCGUGGGCCUUUUUUUACCUGUUCUCUUCGUUUUCUGGUGAGCUACCGUGGGCCACCUGUAAUAACACAUGGAAUACAGAUAAUUGUUUGGUAUUAAACAACUAUAAUGCCACUGUUAACCAGACCGUGCCGGUGAAUGCAUCAACAUCUGUAUCAGAGUUCUGGCAGCGACGGGUGCUCAAUUUAUCAACUGGCAUUGAGGAUCUGGGAAACAUCCAGUGGGAGCUGUCCCUGUGCCUCCUCCUGGCCUGGAUCAUCUGCUACUUCUGUGUCUGGAAGGGAGUGAGGUCCACGGGCAAAGCGUCCUACGUGACGGCCACAUUCCCCUUCAUCAUGUUGGCCGUGCUGUUCGUCAGAGGGAUGACUCUUCCUGGAGCCUUUCAUGGCAUCACGUACUACCUGUACCCCAAUCCCGCACGACUCGCUGACCCACAGGUUUGGAUGGAUGCUGGAACCCAAAUAUUUUAUUCCUAUGCGCUGUGUCUGGGAUGCCUGACUACACUUGGGAGCUACAACAAGUACAACAACAACUGUUACAGGGACUCCUUCUAUCUCUGCUUGUUGAAUAGUGGGACCAGCUUUAUAUCUGGCUUUGCCAUUUUCUCAGUUCUGGGCUACAUGUCCCAAAAACAGGGUGUGGACAUUUCUUUGGUUGCCGAGUCAGGCCCUGGGCUUGUGUUCAUAGUCUACCCACAAGCUGUGACCCUUCUGCCGUGGCCCCAGGUCUGGUCGGUUUGCUUCUUCAUCAUGAUCAUCUUGUUAGGAAUAGAUGGACAGUUUAUUGGGCUUGAGAGCCUCAUGACCUCUCUGUCAGACGUCUACCCGUCCCAGAUCCGAAAAGGAUAUCGCAGAGAGAGUCUUCUGAUGCUGAUCUGUGCUCUUGGCUUUGGAUUUGGCCUCUUUUUGGUGUCAGAGGGUGGUGCAUACAUUCUGCAGAUCUUUGACCACUAUGUUUGCAGUGGUCCCACUCUACUUCUGAUGGCUAUCUUCCAGUCAGUGGUUAUUGGAUGGAUUUAUGGUGCUGAUCGCUUCUGUGACAACAUCAAGGACAUGAUCGGGUACAGACCGCUGACAAUGAUCAAGUACUCCUGGUUGUAUGGAACCCCCCUCGUUUGCAGUGGCACUCUCGUGUUUCUGCUGCUGAGGUACACCCCCCUGAGGUUCAACAACUCCUACAUCUAUCCCUGGUGGGCGUACGGCAUCGGCUGGUUUCUGGCCAUGUCGUCUCUGGUGAUGAUUCCAGUUACCAUGGUGUGGAAACUCACCAAAGUAAAAGGGACUCUGUGGCAGCGUCUCCAGAGGAGCUCCCAGCCUGCAGCUGACCUCCCAGGAAUGACAAAGCAGAUGGAAAGCAUCCGCGCCUCACACCACAUCCGUGAUGGUGGACACGACGGCAUUGUGUACUGAAUGCCAAGCCUUAAAAAAAAACGUUUUCGUAAGAUCAGGUUAUGGUGGUUAUUAAUCAUUUACAUAUUUGGGGUUUUACGGUGUGGUUAUUGUUUACAGUAUAUUAAAUAUCUAUUGUAACUGGAGGUGAACUUGUUUAGUGAUUGAGGAGCCAAAUUGAAAUCCCAACACUUCUGGUGCAAUCGUUGGUGUGACUGGAAAAUGUGACUUUGAGACAAAGGAUCAUCCCUAAAUGAAAACAUGGCUUUUUCACCUCUAAAACAGCAUACAAAGUGUAAAGAGGGAAACAGCUCGCCGAGCACCUCUCAAGUACACAAACACAUCCUUUGUUUAAUCUGCACGUGCAGUGUUUUCACAGUGUUAGAAUAUUUGGAUAUUUUAAUUCAGUAAAAGUGUUAAUAAAACAAUGUGAAGGCUCUUUGGGAACCUUCCUUAAGCAAGUGUUUAAAGGUCAUCUAAAUCAAUUAAAAGUACUUCAGAUGAGAGAACUUAUUGUGCGGGAAAAUGUCAGUGUUUCACCUUCAAGUAUUUGGAUUCAUUUAAGGUGCUGUAGUAAAUGUUUUACUGCUCUGGACGUGAUGUUAUAAUUUCAAAGACCCCAGCCCUACAUCAUGGAAUCACUUAAAAAAAAAAUAACAUUUAAAUAAGUGAUCAGGAGUAUGAUUGGUCUUUUUUAUUUACUCAAUAAUAACUUGACAGAGCCAGGACAGUUAUUCCCUCUUGCUUCUUAUUAAGUUAAACCGAGAGAGCUGUUUCAACGAUGGGAUAUCGGUCCUAACUAGAUACUAAAUAAGCAUAUAUUUUAUCACUUCAGGUCAAAUAAACUAUUUCCUUAAUUUUUUAGUUUUAGUAACAUAGAACUUAUUUUCUUCAGGAUCAGUAUGUGUGGCAAAAUUAACUAAAAAAAAAGAUCUAAUAAUUCCAUUGACCCAAUAACCCAAGUCCUUGGACUCAGUUUAGUUACACGGUUUAAUCUAUAGAAUCACAUCUCGUUACACGUUUCCUGUGGUUUGUUUAAAAUCGGACACAAAAUGCUGCUUCUCCGGAUUUUCUAGCAGACCAAGUCAGACACGUCUUUCCCUUCUGUGAAACUCUCAAGGUCCUGAAGCUACGGCACCAACAUCAAAUGUCAUUUCCCACAUUGUCUGAUAUUCUUUUGAGAUGUAUUGGUGGUUUUACUAUGUCUAAUUGUUUUUACAUUCAAUGUUUCUUUUAGAACAUAUAUUAAGCCAAAUAUACCUCACAAUAGGUGUUAAACUACGUUGUCUGAAUUUAUAAUGCAAUUCCUAUAGUGCCUCAACACAUUUUGUAGUUUUAUUAUUUUCUUGAUGACCAUAUUGAUGGGUGCUUUAUUUCAUACUUGGUUUCUUUAUACAUUAUAUUUAUAUAAUAUAUGACAUUCUGGGGGAAUAUUGUUUAUUAUUUUCUUUCUUUUUACAUAUGGAUGACCUUUGUGAACUAAAAUAAAGUUAGAUUUGUUUACUCUUG